AUGGAGGAGGAAGCAGUGCUGGAUGGCCCUGCGCGGCAUGGUUCCGUGACGCUGAAGGCGCUGGAUGUGGUCAAGAAGCACGAUGCGCACCACCCCGUCCACUGGCACCCGGCCAAGAAAUGGGCCAUUACGAUCGCAUACUGCCUGCUGCAGAUCUUCGUCACUCUCACCUCGACCUCUUACGUCUCGGCGGAAGGAGCAAUCCAGGAAAAGUUUGGCGGCAGCACACAGGUCAUCACGCUGGGACAGAGCAUGUUCAUUGUCGGAAACGCGGUAGGCCCGGCGUUUCUGGGGCCAUUGUCUGACAUAGGCGGCCGCAAAUGGGUCUACGCUGGGUCGAUCCUGGUCUACGCGAUUUUGAACAUUGGAACUGCGUUGGCGCUUAACCUGCCCAUGCUCAUCAUCUUUCAGUUUCUCUGCGGUGCGGCGGGUAGCACGGCCCUUUCCAACGUCGCGGGCACCAUUGCGGAUCUGUUCGCGGAUGCGGACAAUGCUGCGCAGCCAAUGGGCCUGUUCGUGGCCUCUGCUAAUAUCGGGCCCAGCCUGGGGUCCCCAGUGGGAGAAUGGAUCGCGUUCACGAACCCGAAUAUGGGUUGGAGAUGGAUCUUUUGGAUCAACGUCAUCAUCGGCGGAGCCUAUUCUCUGGUCCUGUGUUUCAUCCCCGAGACCCUGCCCCGCGUGGUCAUCGCGCAGGCCGUCAAGAAGGCCCAGUCGGCGGAUCCGGAGGAGAUUGCCGUCGCCGAGAGCAAGGUCGACGUGCUGCACGAGAUCUACUUUGUCUUCACCAUGGCGCUGAAGAUUAUGGUCUUCGAGCCCAUCGUGACGUUCCUGGCCAUCUACAACGGCUUCGCGUACGGGCUGCUGUUCCUGUACCUCGACGGCGUCUUUGACGUCUUUGGCGACAACAACGGCCUCAGCCCCAUCGGCGCCGACCUGACGUACCUGAACUUCGUCGUCGGCGUCACAGUCAUGUUCUGCUUCCUGCCCGUGCAGACGUACUUUUACAAACGCGACAGAGAGCAACACGGCGGCUCCGGCCGCCCCGAAGCCCGCUUCCUCACCUCCCUCGUCACCGUCUGGGGCUUCCCGAUUUCGCUCUUCUGGUUCGCCUUCACCAGCAACGGGCACACAAGCUACUGGUCGCCAAUAGUCGCGGGCGCGGUCCUCGGCUUCUCGGACCCGCUGCUCUAUCUUUCCAUGCUGAACUACAUCACCGACGCCUACCCCAACUUCGCCGCCUCGGCCGUCGCCGCAUUUAUCAUCCCCUCGUUCACCCUCGCCGCCGGCUUCGCCCACAUCGGCCUCGUCAUGUUCGCCAAUCUCGGCACCACGUGGGCCAUGGCGUGCCUGGCGUUCAUCAGCCUCAGCAUCGUCGCCCUCGUCUACCUGCUGUAUUUCUUUGGCCCGUGGAUGCGCCGCAAGUCUGCUCUCGCGAGGUCUUUCUAG